AUGGAAACGGUUGUGCAGGGAAGUCUCAACAUUAGUGUUAGGGCUUUGCAAAAAGAUGCAGAAGAUCAGAUUGGCUUCCCUGUCAGCUACAGCAAGGCUAGGCCUGCGAAGGAAAAUAUAUUCAAGAACUUGUAUGGAACCUAUGAGGAGGCCUAUUCUUAUGCCCCCAAAAUGCUUCAUCAGAUAGCAAGUGCUAAUAGGGGGACUCAAGUUUGGCAGAGAGAACGUCAGAACCCAAAGAACCCGGGUGAGCUAAUCCUGGACCGCUUAUUCUGGGCAUUCGCCCAGACUAUACAAGCCUUCAGGCACUGUCGCCCGGUAUUAUCAGUUGAUGGUACCUUUCUCACUGGAAAGUACAAGGGCACACUAUUGGUGGUGAUUGCAGCAGAUGCAAAUAAUCAGCUUCUUCCUAUUGCAUACGCACUGGUCGAGUGCGAGAACAAAGAUAGCUGGUUGUGGUUCCUGAGCUGCGUGAAGAUGGGUGUCGUGAAAGAGCAUUUAGGUGUUUGCAUCAUCUCUGAUCGCAACACAGGAUUAUUAAGUGCUCUCAACAUAAUUAAGGAGUCGUCAGAAGAGUGGGGGUGGCCGGAUCAAGAGGAAAGGUGGUGCAUGCGGCAUUUGGCAGCAAACUUUUACUCCAAAUUCAAGAAUAAGGAUUGGUUCAAGUUAUUCAAGAGGAUGUGCAUGCAGAAAACUGAAGCCAAAAUGAAUGUCAUCUGGGCAGGUAUCAAUGGUGAGAUCGAGCGCGCGACCUUGCCGCAGAGAGAAGACCGGAGGGGUCAAAGGACGGCCAUAAAUUUGAGCCAGUGGAUCGACGAGAAUUGCCCUGAUUUGUACAAGUGGGCGCAGGCCCACGACACCGGGGCUCGGUAUGGAAUAAUGACCAGCAACAUGUCAGACGUGUACAAUGGUGUUCCUAAAGGGGUGAGAGCCUUGCCUAUCACAGCCCUAAUUGAAGAAACUUGGAAUCGGACCCUGUCAUACUUUGCCGACAGGGUUACCGUGGCUAAAGCACAAGUUGAAUUGAACAAGCCAUGGUCCGAGAAGAUGCAAAGUCAUCUGGACGAGAAAGCAAAGAAGUCCCAAAGCCAUGGCUGCAGGAAAGUGGACGCACUUAGGAAUAAGUGGGAGGUCAAUGUGCGAGCCAAGUACGUUAAGGGUCACCACAGAGGAUCAAAAAAGCAAGCUGUCACCCUCGGCCCAACGUCCUGUGAGUGCACGUGUAACAAGCCAAAGCUUGAGGGCUACCCUUGUAGUCAUGUGCUCUGGGCGGCUGCAGAUCAAAAAAUCAGUGUUGAGCCAUACAUAUCACCGUACUUCAACAUGUACAAUCUGUACAACACUUGGAACGGUGAGUUCUGGGCCUGGGGCAUUGAUAUGAACUACAAAAUGAUGUGGCCAGAUGGGCCGAAAUGGGUUCCGAACGCCGACUUGAUGAGAACCGCCAAGGGACGACGUCAGUCUAGGCGUCAUCGCAAUGACAUGGACCAUAGCCAGAUGGGAGAACCAAGGCGAUGCCGCAUUUGUAGGUGUCCUGGACAUUCACGUAGGGAAUGCCCGUAUCGAGCGAACAACACCGCAUGA